GUUUUCUUUGUCCGUUACUAAAGUAGCUCUCGUCAGCCUCCAGGAAAUCACAGCCAUGACAACUACCAGGGUAAUCCUGAACUUCCCAUGGGGUAACAACAACAAUAACAACAAUAAUGAAAAAACAAAGGGAGACAUUCACAAUGACACUGGCUUGAGCGACGUCGUGUUGAAGGUGGCCCGCAAAGAAUUACGUGAAGACAAAGCGAUCCGCGAGCAGGCACUUGAACAGAUGCGCGAAUGGCUCAAACAAAACCAAGACGUCGAGAACGUUCGCACAGAUGAUCUGUUCUUGCUCAAAUUUCUACGCACCAAAAAAUUCAGCGUCUUCAUGGCCCAGCAGAUGAUUCUAAAAUAUUUGAACUUGCGAAAAGUCCACAUGCACCUGAUGUACGGACUGGACUUCCUCUCGCCAAAGUUGAAUAAACUCAUCAAUAACGGUUACAUGUUUCCUUCGCCAGUGCGAGACAAGCAUGGCAGACGGUUGAUCAUCGGCUUUGCAAGAAACUUCAAUCCGGAAGAGCACGACAGUUCGGACAUGUCCCGAGUGCACGCGAUAACCUACGAAACGCUUCAGGAGGAUGCUCAAAACCAGAUUAUGGGUUACGUACAUAUUGGAGACUUCAAGGGCAUCACCACUGCGCACGUCUCCUGCUGGAAUCCAACCGAUUUUCUACGCAUGAUGAAGUGGGGCGAACAGUCGAUCCCGAUGCGUCACAAAGAGGUGCAUCUAGUGCAUGUUCCAUCCGCGGUGAAAUACGUGAUUGAAGCUGGAAAAUCAAUGAUCAGCAAGAAAAUGAAGGAUCGACUUCAGGUACAUGUCACCAUUCCAGAUCUGUGCAAAAAAGUAGAACCCGCGUGUCUCCCAAAGGAACUGGGCGGCAAUAUCCCUAUGGUCGACAUGAUCGAUUGGUGGAAGCAGGAGUUGGCAGCGAAGCGGAACACACUGCUUGCCUUGGACAAUAUGAACAUUUUCAGCGAUCGAAGCAUCAUUUCUCGGAAUGGAACCGAUCGUAACAACAAUAAUGGUGCCGCUCUGGGCAUGGAAACUAUUACGGGUAGCUUCCGAAAGUUGGAAGUAGAUUAGUGAAGAUUGUAAAAAAAUGUCAUUAGGUUAAGAAAUCGAUCGUUGCAAUGUUACUAUAAUCAAGAGUGUGAAUGUGUUGACUUAAAAUAUGUACUAUGUAGCUUUAAAGGACACCAUGAACAGUUUAAAGAUCCCAUUGUAUAGCAAAUGUAUAGCUUUCUGAAAUAAAUUUCACCACUAGCCUUA